AUGGCAGGAUUGAAUGAUCCUCAGGGGAUAGUGCCACAUGCACAUCAAUUAGGGUGGGACACAAAGGACCAAGUCGACAGGGAAAUCAAGCCAAAGUGGCUGCAAGAGCGAGUCAAAAUUCAUUGUUGCCAGGAAACUUACUACCCAACGCCAUUCAGCUCAUGGUCGCAUGAUUGGAGGACUGCUUUGGGGUUCUGCCUCGCGUAUUCUCGACUAAAUAGGGACGGGAGGAACUUCGACUCUCGGACCAGUCAUAUCGCGGUUCUAGACACCUGGGCGUUGGGGGACAGGAACAUGCUGCGAAACAAGAUCUUCCACGUGAAUCAAUUCGGUAUCCCACGAGUCCACUGCUUGUGCGAAUGGCUCAUAUGGGGUCCUGUGUCUGGACCAGCAUACCGCUGCGUGUCAUUGACUGACAUCCGAAAAGCAACCAACUGUCGCAUCUGGCCGAAUCAUAACAGCAUGAGAAAUCCAACGCCCUACCUGACCGGAGCGGAAAUUCGCAAGAGCAUCCUAGUCGCUGGGUGCUUCCAAACGAAAGGCGAUGACAGCGCCGACGUUAUGCUGGCAGUGGCGGCCGCCGAGCUGGCCCGCAACUUCUGGGGGAACUAUGAAUGGGUCCAUGCCGACGGAGAGCCAGAAUCAAUAUUCGGCGCCGAGCCUCUGUGGCCCCGACACAUGCUGAAGCAGGUCCUUGACCUCUUUUCCGCGUUUGAACCAGUGCUUUCGGGUCGGCCCCUAGUGCAUGGUCACACAGCAAUCGAGGGCUUUCCACGGAGGUUAGUUGGCAUGAGUUUGAAAGUCGUGUGUGAGAACUUGCAAGGGCUUUAUGGAGUACCUCUGGCUUGA